CUCAAAAUUGAGUACAACCAGAUGCAUAAUAAUAUAAUAUAAUUUGUCGUGCCACUUUACCAAAUGAGUAACUCACUCAUCCAAUUACUAUACCAUCCUACCUGUAUUUUUUCCCCAUGGAUAAAAUGGACCUGAAACCCAUCUUUUACCGGCGACCGGCGUCUCUUCUUCCGCCACUCACUGGCGGCGGCGAAUAGCGGAGGAGCAGAAAACGGUUUCUGCGAAAUCUUUGCAGAUGGCCGUAUCGUUCUCGUGUGGAAGAAGAUUCGCCAUUUCUGCGAAACCUUCUAGAAAUCUUUCUGCUCUGGCCUCCCAAGCUUCGCUGGCAAUCACAAAUCAGUCCGAGCAAAGCCGCAUUUCAAGCAGACCCUCAAAACGCGGCUCAAGUAAGUCUUCUUCGGGCUCUCAAUCGGGAUCUAGGCUCGCCAAAAACUCCAUUGACAUUCUGCACAUUUCUGAAAUUCUAUCGAGAAAAGACUGGUACCUGCUGCUAAACCACGAGUUUAGGGCUAAACGGGUGAAUCUGAAUCCUCGAUUGAUCGUCAGCGUUUUGCAAAACCAAGAAGACCCAUUACUCCCUGUGAGGUUUUACACAUGGGUUUCUAACAUUAACAUCAAUUUCUCUAAAAAUCAGUCAAUUCGUUCUGUUCUGGCUAAUGUUCUGUACAGAAAAGGCCCGGUUUUGUUGUCUGCUGGAUUAGUUCAGGAUAUUCAAGAUUCUGGGCAUAGGGUCAAUGAGGAUUUGUUGUGUGUUUUGAUUGGGAGUUGGGGAAGAUUGGGAUUGGCCAAGUAUUCUGCAGAGAUUUUGGAGCAGGUUUCAUUUUUAGGUCUAAAUCCAACUACUAGGUUAUAUAACGCCGUAAUUGAUGCAUCGGUUAAGUCCAAUUCGCUAGACUUGGCUUAUUUGAAGUUUCAGCAAAUGCGAGCCGAUGGUUGUGUUCCAGACAGGUUUACUUAUAACAUUCUCAUUCAUGGAGUUUGCAAAGCAGGUUUAAUGGAAGAAGCGAUCCGGUUAGUGAAGCAGAUGGAGGAGGGAUCACGGUAUUCCCCCAAUGUAUUUACGUAUACGUCUUUGGUUGACGGGUUCUGUAACGCAGGUAGGGUGAAAGAUGCUUUUCAGAUGAUCGAGACGAUGAAGGGUAGGAAUGUGAUCCCAAAUGAAGCCACUCUAAGAGCAUUGGUGGGAGGGUUUUUUCGUCAUUCGCCACCACUUGAUGCCUUUGAGAUGUUGUACGGAUGGCUUGAGAAGGAACCGGUUUUGCCUAAGGUGGCGUGCGAUGCUAUUUUAAACUGCCUCUGUGAUAAUUCCUUGCCAACGGUGGCAGGUGAGUUUUUGAGGGAGUCUUUGACACGCGGAUACUUACCUGAUAAUCAAACGUUUAACAGUGUCGUGAUUUGUUUAAUCAAGGGAUUAGAGAUUGAAGUGAUCUGUCAAAAGUUAGAGUUUUUUAAUGGCUGGGGCUUGAAGAUGGGCUUUGAUGCUUAUCUAUUGCUCGUCGGAACUCUUUAUCAAAAGGGAAGAGUAGAAGAAGGGAAUCUUUAUGUGGAUCAAAUGUUCCAAGAAGGGCUUGUAUCAAACACAUUCUCAUACAACAUGUUGAUUCACUGUUUCUGCAAAAAUAAAAUGAUGGACCGAGCUUCAAAAACGUUUCAGGAUAUGAUUGACGGAGGGACUAAUAUUCAACCGAAUCUCGUCACAUUCAACACGCUCAUUGACGGGCAUUGCAAGCUAGGGGACAUAACACGCGCCCGGAAGCUUCUAGAGAUGCUCUUGGAGAAGGGGUUGAAGCCGGACGCCUUCACUUUCACCUCCAUAAUCGACGGUCUUUGUAGGGCCCACCGGAUCGAGGACGCGUUCGGGUGCUUCACGGAAAUGGAGGAAUGGGGCGUGUCCCCGAGUGCCACGACGUACAACGUCUUGAUCCGCGCGCUCUGCGCCAGAGGAGAGGUUCGGCGAUCAGUGGAGCUGUUGAAGAAGAUGGAAGAGGGUGUUGGGGUGAGGGGAGAUGUUUUCUCAUACAAUGCUCUGAUCCAGGGUUUGUGUAGAGUGAAUGAGAUUGAGGAGGGCAAAAGGGUCCUCAAGACAAUGUCAAGAUUGGGAUUGAGGCCUGAUAAUUAUACUUAUAGUGCCUUUAUUAAGGCAUUGUGUAGGCUAGGGAGGUUUGAUGAAGCUAAGGCCUUGUUUGGCUCCAUGGAAGUGAAUGGGUGUGUUCCUGAUGCCCAUACCUGUAACUCCUUUAUAGAUAUGUUGGUUCAGUCUUCUCGGCUUGAAGAAGCCAAACAGAUUUUUGUUAAUUUCAGCAAGAGGGGAAUCCCUCUCGAGCCUAUAAAAAUUACUACUACAUAAUACUCUUCGUUUAGCGUUAACAUUUCCAAUAACUUUUAAAUAGCGCAAUGAUAUAUAUAAAUUGUGAAAAUACUAAUGUUAAAAAUGUUAGCGUAAGAUAACAUUUUCAGGAUGUCAAAGCUUAUUCCAUACGGAGCAUAUAUCUAUUACUCCCCAAAAAAAAUUGUGUUCACUA